AAAAUGUUGCUGCAAAUUAGGGUUUCAGCAGUCUCACUUCUACUUCUAGUGUUGAUUGCUCAAUGCCUCUCAAAUGCUCAUCCUCAACCAGGUCGAGCAUUUGCUGCUGGAAGAUGGAAUUUUCCUUCAAAUGGAAAGGUAUUUAUCAACACAAAACACGAACCAGCUACAACAACAAACAAGUUGAAAACACGAAAAUUGGGCAUGGUAGAGAAAGGUGGAGAUGAAGGAGGAGCUUCAAUGCAACAACGUAAGAUGCCUGGUUUUGUUGCCUACACUCUUGAUUACCAUCCUCCAAAGCAUCAUCCACCCAAGAACAAUUAA